AUGAAGUUCUCCCUCGUUGCCCUCGCUCUUGUUGGCGCUGCCGUUGCUCUGCCCAAUGGCAUGGCCAAGAAGCAGGAGUCUGGCGUCCCGACUCUUAGCAUCCCUCAUCCUACCGGCACCGCAUCUCGUCCUCCUCGCCCAACUGGAGGCUUCCCAACUGGAAUCCCAACUGGCACCUUUUCGAUCCCCAUCCCGACCGGAACCGGCAAGGGGAAGGGACGCCCAACCGGAAGCUUCUCGAUCCCCUCAGGCGUCCCGACUGGCAAGGGCAAGGGCAAGGGAACCUCUAGCCCAGCCCCUGAGCCUACCUCGGACUAA